UGACACCACUAUCUCAUCAUUAAUCAUUUUAAUCCCAAAAAGAAGCCACAAUUUUCCAAGGCCGUAAUUGAUACCAGCAAGGGAAACCCAUGAAAACGACAGCGUAGCAAUACUACCUUUGUUUGAAUCGAUGGAUUGACCCAGCCUAGCCAUGGAUUCAAAGCUUCUGGAUUGCUUAAACUAAGCCAGUGUGCAAGUAUAUAUUGGGUGCUGGCUCCCCUCCUCUCUUCGCAUUGGUCCGAGUUGCCCAAAUUUGGAUCGUGAACUCCGAGAGUAAUUACAGAGACCUUGGAGUUAACUCUUCCAUCAAUGGCCACCAAAGUGUAUAUUGUGUACUAUUCCAUGUAUGGACAUGUAGAGAAACUAGCUGAAGAGAUAAAGAAAGGGGCUGCAUCUGUUGAAGGUGUUGAAGCCAAACUAUGGCAGGUCCCUGAGACACUGCCAGAAGAGGCACUUGGGAAGAUGAGCGCACCUCCAAAGAGUGAUGUACCAAUCAUUACGCCCAAUGAACUUGCUGAUGCUGAUGGGUUUGUUUUUGGCUUCCCAACAAGAUUUGGAAUGAUGGCUGCUCAAUUCAAGGCAUUUCUGGAUGCAACUGGUGGUUUAUGGAGAACACAACAGCUUGCAGGUAAGCCAGCUGGGAUCUUUUACAGCACCGGAUCUCAAGGUGGUGGACAAGAGACCACUCCGUUGACUGCAAUUACUCAGCUGGUUCACCAUGGGAUGAUUUUUGUGCCCAUUGGAUACACAUUUGGAGCUGGCAUGUUUGAAAUGGAAAAAGUGAAAGGUGGAAGUCCGUAUGGUGCUGGAACUUUUGCUGGGGACGGCUCAAGACAGCCAUCUGAGCUUGAGUUGGAGCAAGCAUUCCACCAAGGGAAGUACGUUGCCACCAUCACAAAAAAACUCAAGGGCGCUGCUUAAAGUUUGAAGUUCCCAAAUUAAUGCCACCAUAAAAGAUACCAUUUGGAAUCCUUUUCCAUUUUUUACUCCUAGAAUUUCAUAUUCCUAUUUCUCUGUGCUUGCAAGUAAAAAUAGUUCCUGUGUCGUUGAUAUAUGCUUUGUUUGUGUGUAACACAAUACAGUGGUUAUUAUUAAUGGUAAAACUUUGAUUGAUUA